AUGGCACAAAAACUGCUUGUCCCUUUGUGGAGUGGAGCUUAUAGAAAAAGCUAAACGAUAACGUAAAAGGCAAUCUACGUGUUGUUUCCUCUUCAUGCAACGCUGCUACGUUGCAGAUUUUACUUCCUUCUUAGUCAUCCUCACAAUGACACCUCCAUUAAAGCCUUCAUUACCUCUCUCUCUCUCUCUCUCUCUCUCUCUCUUUUUUCCUCCUUCACCAUCUCUUUCUGCAGAUCAGAAGCCAUGGAUUUCACUCUUAUCACCUUUAUCUGUCUCUUUUUCUACAAUGGAAUUACUUAUAUCAUUAACUUGUUAAUGAACAUUGUAAUUCCUCCUAUUGCUAUAAUCUUGCUGUUCUUCUUCCUCCCACCAUAUCUGCUCGUCAAGUACUUCAUCUCCACGACCAUAAAACCGGUUCUCAGCAAAAACGUGGCCGGAAAAGUAAUCCUUAUCACCGGGGCAUCCUCAGGCAUCGGCAAGCAAUUGGCGAUUGAAUAUGCUAGAAGAGGAGCUUGUCUUGCUCUUGUUGCAAGAAGAGAAAAAAAGCUUGAAUCAGUAGCUCACUCAACCACUUUGAUCGGCUGUCAAGAUGUUUUCAUUAUGUGUGCUGAUGUGUCCAAUCCUGAACACUGUAAACUGUGCAUUGAAGAGACAAUAAAAUAUUAUGGGCGAUUGGAUCAUCUAGUUAACAAUGCUGGGAUAGCUCCUGUUUCCAUGUUUGAAUACUGCCCAGAUGUCACAAACUAUGUGCAAGCAAUGGAUACAAACUUCUGGGGUUCAGUGUAUUGCACUUACAAUGCAAUUCCUCACCUUAAGAAAAGCAAAGGUAGGAUCAUAGGAAUUGCUUCUUCUGCAGGAUGGUUAGCAACACCCCGAAUCAGCAUCUAUAGUGCUAGCAAAGCAGCAGUAAUAAGCUUCUAUGAGACACUAAGGGUUGAAAUCGGGAAUGAUGUUGGAAUAACAAUUGUGACUCCAGGGUUAAUUGAGUCAGAAAUGACUCAAGGCAAGUUUCUAUCCAGGGAAGGCCGUUUGCGAGUAGACCCAGAAAUGAGAGAUACUGAAAUAAGCUUGAUGCCUAUAAUGCCUGCCAAAGAGUGUGCCAGAGCAAUUGUGAAAAGCGCUUGCCAGGGAGAUGAUUACGUGGCACAGCCACCUUGGAUCAGACCAACAUUAUUCUGGAGGGUGUUUUGGCCUGAGAUACUGGACUGGUGCAACCGAAUUCUAUUAGUCCCUGGACCAGGGCAACCGGAGACGGAUACACUCAGUAAGAAGAUCUUUGACCUGUUUCCUGGUGUUGACCGCUAUCUGCACCCAGGGACCAUUCAUUUUCCUGAACACAAGGGGGAUGCAGAAGAGAUUUUUGCAUACUAUCAUUGAUUUGAAUAGAGACCUAUCUGUAAAGUAAAUAAGAAAAGUAUUUGGGAUGACAUAGAACAGAGAUAAAGUUGAAAGCAAAUUCUACCAAUUAGCUUUUUGAAGAAAAUGAAAUAUGGUUCUCUGUUGCAGAUGAACCUGCAACUCUUGUAUGCUCUGAGAUCUUAUUUAAUGCAACUAUACAGUAGUUUGCUGAAUCUUCAGUCA